AUCGCUUCAGUAGUAAACAAACCACGGACGAACUCGAACCUCGCGCCUCGACGAAGCUCGGAUAUUCCCGCCGUGAGAUAGACCCCGUUUCCUCUUGUGUAUUCCGUUCCCAGUGCGUGCCGCAAUAGUAGGCGCACUCUAGCCGCGGUGUUUACCUUCCUGCCGCCGUGUCUGUGCGGGUAAACAGGCGCCAUCUGCUCCGCGUCGCCGCAGAAAACGCGUUCGUGCGUUUCGCCGCCGAAAAACGCCGAAGGACCGCCGGGAAACCGGGCAGUUAAAGUGAUUCUUCAGAUUAUCCGUGAAAAUUUGUCUCCUCUGGGACGCGGUCAAAUCGCCAGAGAUGGGAGCCGUCAUCAUUACGACAAGAGGAAUCCUGUGGGUGGUUUUGACUGUCAUCUCCACCAUACUCGUAUUCACAGCUGUGAUUACACCAAGAUGGCUGGUUGGAGCGACAAGAAAUAGUGGUGGAUAUAGAGAUGCCUCUAUUUCUUAUGGUCGCUCAGGCUAUGGCACAAAUUAUGGAGGAAACAGUCCUUAUGGCAUUCCUUAUGGCUCUCAGCUAGGUGAUCGCUAUAACAAUGGUGACCGCUACAACAGUGGUGGUCGGUACGACAGUGGGUACAACAAUGGCUGGGGCAGGGAUCGCGAUGCUGAUCGCUACAGCUCACACUACAACAGCAUCUACAGCGAUUACUAUACAGAUGAUAAGCCAUCUGUUGGCCUCUACAACCGUUGCACCUACAUUAACAACUUAUACAACUGCGCAAGUUUAGCAUCUGAGGGUUGGGGCAACAAUUCUGGCGUAUUCCCUGUUUCAUGGAAGGUCUCUCUCUUCUUCUUCAUUGUUGGUCUUGGAAUUAUGUGCAUCACGAUUGCAAUGGCCGUCAUGAGCUGCUGUGUCCAACACUGUUUUAAGAAAAGUAUUUUCACACUGGCUGGAUGGCUUCAAAAUGUUGCAGGAGUCCUCUUUGUGCUUGGUCUAUUAAUAUACAUGUUUGGUUGGGGAACCAAAAGAGUUGAGCGUCUAUGCGGCCGUGAUUCUGGAUCUUUCAUGACUGGAGAGUGUUCUUUAGGAUGGGCAUUUUACACAGCCAUCAUUGGUAUUGUGUUGACGUUCAUCUCCGGCUGUUUGUCGAUGGCAGCACAAAAAGCAACGACAAGUGAUCAAGUAAGCAAAAAGAUCGAAGAGGGUGAAACUUUGGUCUGUCUCCUGUGAGACUAGAAUGCUGAAAGACCUUGCCCGCAGCAAAACCUUACUGAGUCUUUCAGGGACACAUCCUUUGCAACAAGCCAGGAUUGUUUGCUUUAGCUAAAGGAGUUCAUCUGGAUCAAAUGUUCCGCAGUCAAAAGUACAAAUCACUCCUCUCAUUCAAUGCCUGAACACUGACAGCUCUUCUGAAAUUUCAAAGCCUCAUCGAAAAACGAACCAAAUUAGAAAAAUAGAGGGCCACUCCACUUUCAAACUGGUUGCAGAGCCUUCAAAAACACCUGAAAAAAAGAAAUAAUUUUUUUUUUUUUCAAAUACAGAUUAAAAUCUACAUAUUCACUGAAAAUUCAAUAAUGAUUGAUAUUGAUCUCAGCACAGUGAAUCAAGAUAAGUUUUUGUACAGAUUUCUAUUCUAUGAGAAGUAUUUUCUUUCCAAUUUUGUACAGUUAAUAUUAAACAUUUUUUACAGUUAAUAUUUCUUAAAUGCAACGCAGAAAUGAGGACAAGUCGGAUAUUAAUCAAUUUCACACAGGUAUGAUCUCAGGUGGACUUUAAAGAUAGGUAAUUAUAUUUUCUCUCCUUGGAAAAUAAUGAAUAUCAGAGGUAAACUCACUCUGAGUCACAAACAUAUUGAAUGAAAAAUAAAACAUAGUUGUCUACUAUACAAUUAUGUAGCCUUUCCGAUAAUGACCAGUCAGAUAUGAAAUUAAAAUGUUGUUGAGGGCAGUGAAAAUUUUUGAUACCGGUAAUAAUUUUUGGGGAAUGAAACAUCGAUAAUAUGUAUGCCUAACAUUGUCACUGGGUCUGGACAAAUUUAGAGAUGGAACCCUAGAGAUGUUUGAAACCAACAAACAAAUAAAUAACGUUUUUUAUGGACGUCAUUCACAAUAUGAUGGGGUCCCAUGACCCUGAAGGCAAGAUCCCACAGAUCUUAAAUUAGAAGACCAAAUCUAUGAGGUCAGGCAAAUGUCAAAUCCUCCCUUACUUAUCUGACGUGCAUUGACCAAAAAUGAAUGAGUAAUAUUUUUUGUACGUAAUCAGUAUUACACAAUGUAUAUUUUUAUAAUAGAGUAUUUUAUAACUUAAAGUGUUAAGCAGUACAUAAUUAUUACAUAGUAAAGAUAAUUUUAGACAUGCACAGCUUUUACGAAAAAAUGUUACUCGCAUAAACUGGCACAUUGUUGGAGCAAAGUCUAAAUUUAAAAAGGAGAAUUUUCAAGUAUUGAACAAGCAGCAAUAUGGAGUGUUUCAAGACAUUUUUGAACUUUCCAAAAUUCUCACGCAAAAGAUUAUCUCAAAACAAACAUAAAACCCAAUAUGUUUCAUGCUUUAAGACUCACUAUAAGUCAUCCUCCUGUUUUUCUUGGAAUGUUACUAUACCUGCUUUUUCCUUCGGGAAGAAGGUAAUUAUUUUCCAUUGUAUUAUGUUAAAUUUAAGACGAAAAACACACUGACAAAUGAAGUAAUAUGAUGGCAAGCUGAAACUACAUCAUUUUACACUAGUCAACUGAACUAAAAUAAUGAGAAUAACUAGGUAUGACACAUCUUCCACAGAAGUACCUCUCAUGAACACUUCUAGGAUGCAUUGAUUCUGCAGUCCAUUCUCUAUCACUCUCAAAAUGAAAAUUGUGUUCCUUGUUCUGAUCUUCAUCAAACACAAAAAUAAGAGGACACUAACAGAGUAAACCAUUUUCUUCAUUAAGGAUGAUUCAGAUUUCUCAAAACAUUUUCUUGGUAAGGAACAUUAAUAACUUUUCAAUCUGAGGUGAAAAAACACCCAGUCAUGUCAUUUCAUCUGCUGAGGAAAUUCUUAGAGCUCCACUGAUUGCAUUUACUUAACGGAAAAUAGUGCAUGAGAAAUCUUGGAAAAGGACAGAGAGAAAAGGAGGUAAUUAUCUAUCUGGAAAAAUGUGAAAAAAGGGAAUUUUUUCGGAAAAUGAGUGAAUUACAAUAUUAAAAUGUUUCCAUCAAAAAUUCAUUGUGGCCACACUAUCCUAUGAAGUGGACAUGGUGCUUUCCUCUCACAAUCAGUUACUUUCUAUGUUGGUUGGUUGGAUAAUAAGCAUACUUGAUUGUUUAGAAGGGGGUUUAAAUUAAUUUAUUGACUUAGUUAGUAGUUUUAAGAGGGCCAUUUGUGAAACCACCUAAUAAUAAGAGUUCAUUAUCUAUACUUCUUUACUUUUAAUUAUUUUUUGGGAAUUAGUUAUAAGCUCGAUUGUCAAGUCCAUUUGUCCAAAAAUUUUGCACCAAAUUGCAGGUUGUAAAAUAAAGUUACUUUGUUACCAGAAA